AUGUUCAGUGAUACUACAUGUACAUGGACGAAGUUGAGCGCUCGCGCCGGGGUUUCCCCAUCCCCACCUUUUGCUGCCUACUCCGAACUCGCGAUCAACUCGGAGGAUCCAUCAUCCAAAUCUUCCCCUCCUUCUAUCAAUCUCCCAAGACAAUCAACAACCCCCGAAAUGCCUAAGAAGGCUGCCGUUCCGGAUGCAUGGGAUGAUGAUUGGGAAGCCGAGGCCGACAAAGCAGAUAAAGAAGCAGAAGUCGCAAAGGUGGAAGAGGAGGUCAAGAUCUCCAAAGCAGACCGUUUAGCCAGACAUGCUGAAACGAAUAAGAAGAUAUGGGAAUCAGCCGAUGAACCCGAGACAUUCCACUUCCUCGCGGCGAAUGACAAUGUCCCGCUCAAGACCGAGUUCAAACCAGCUCUCAAAGUCCUCAGUCGCAAGCCGUCACCGAAAGUGAUUCAGAAGAUUGACCCUAUUACUGGAUUAUCUAAAAUGACAAUAGAGGAUGAUAAGGAUGAGGAGGAUGAGAAGAAGGACCGGCCAACGCCUGAAGAGCUACGGUUGAAAGCGCAGCGAGAAAGGGAGGAGAGGCAGAAGCGAUAUGAUGAAGCUCGCGCGAGGAUCUUAGGGAGCCCAGCUAGGGGAUCGUCACCCGGCACUAUUACUCCCCCUACCUCUGCCGGUGCAGAAGAUGGCAAUGGCAAGGGAAAUAGGGGGAAGGGUCGUGGGAGGGACGUAGGGCGACAUGAGCACCGGCGACCAGAUAGUCAAUCGGGGCCUAAGGAGCUCUACGAUCCCAAUUACACACCGAAGCCAGGAGUUAGGAUAGAGAAGCGCAGUGGGGAGGGUUCACGUUCAGGCACCUCGACGCCUCGGGAUGACGAACAGAUUAUUCGAGCACCUAGAGGACCAGACGGUAGUGGUAGAGGAGGGUUUGUGUUCACAAAAAGAGGCGGGAACAAGAGUUGA